AGAAGCUCCAACUGCAGUUUCCUAUUCAUCAUCUUCUCACAUCCACAAAUAUCCUGCAAGAAUUUCCCUUGCUCCUUCUGCUCUGCAUGGAGAUACUUUCCCUCUCUCUCAACCGGCAGGAAGUGUGCACCACGAGCAUCCCUUAAAACUUGAAUGUCCUUACAACUCGGACAGAGAGAGUGGUUCCUCUUCCAUGCAGCGUGCAUAGAGGGACUGGUUGCUUUUUUCGGGAGGUGUAGGAGGAGGUACUACAGGAGGAAGUACCGGGAUCAGAGCUCCCCUGGAAGAACUACGGGAAGAAGAAGAAGAGGAGGAGGAGGAAGAGGGCGCGUCACGCUGAGAAAGAGCAUCGUCCCAGCCCUUCUUACUCCCUACAAACUCUCACUCUGUAGAAAACAGUGCUACAGUCAUCUUUAAAAAGUGCUGUAGGUGGAUUUGAUAUAAGUGUUCUAGCAAAGUACCCUCCUGCAGUAACGUAAAGUAAGACUUUGCAGAAAUCAAAAGAGUGCAUUAAGGACAAGUUAACUGAUAUACUAUAAGUGAUUUGAAGGGAUAUUAUAGGAGUAUUGGCGAGUUUAUUUGUCGCUCACGCUCAGGAGGCUCCAGCACGCCGCAGAAUGGAUCUCCCACCAAUCAGAGGUUUAUCUGAUGUGCCGUGAGUGUUGGGAGCAGCGUGCCCCAGCCCCCCUGCAGGAUGGACCCCCCCCACUCCUUCAGGAUGGAGCUGGACAGCAUGGACCUCCAGCAGGUUCUGUCCCUCGACCAGAUACGUGCCAUAAGGGCCAACAAUGACUAUGUGGAAAGGCCCGUGGCGCUGGAACCAGCAACCGGGUCUGGCUUUUUCUAUGCCCAUGAAGAACGCUACACUCAUGGAGUUUACCCCCACUACCCCCAGCCUUCCUUCAACCAGGCCCUGCCCCGCAGCCAAAGUCAGCAGCAGCACGCUCACUUCGCCCACUUAAGUCGUUCCAGUACCAUAAGCUCUUCCAUGUCUCGGACCAGUGCCAACUCAGACCAGCGGCUCCUGGCAGGUUUGACACCGUCUCACUCUGGCCUCGCUUCGGUGGUCCGAUCUCAGCCCAAAGGAGAACUCAAAGCCGAUGUUUCCUUCGGUAAAGGCCUGACGGAAGACGAGGCUGAGCUGGGCCUUCACUUGUUCAUCUGUGAGCGGUGCGGUCGCUGUAAGUGCAGAGAGUGCUGCGCGCCCCGCCGCCUGCCCUCCUGUUGGGCCUGCGGGCAGCGCUGCCUGUGCUCGGCUGAAAGCGCGGUGGAGUACGGGACCUGCCUGUGCUGCGUUAAAGCCCUCUUCUACCACUGCUCCGCCCAGGACGACGAGGAUAACUGCGCCGACCGGCCUUGCUCCUGCGCUCCAGCUCACGCUUGUUCCCGCUGGAGCACCAUGGGGCUGUUAGCGCUAUGCCUGCCCUGCCUCUGCUGCUACCCCCCUGCCCGGCUGUGCCUUGCCCUGUGCCAGUGUGCCCAUGACCGCAGCACCCGCCCCGGCUGUAGGUGCAGCAACACCAACACCGUGUGCCGCAAGAUUUCCGCCUCUAACCCUAACCCCGGUCACCCCUCGCUCCGCAGCAAGGCCCUGGAAAAGCCGUUAUGACAGGCCUGGAUGGGGGCCUUGUAAAUCCAUUUCCCCUAAGCCGUCGCCAAAGCAACGCUGUCGCCAAUCAACAAUGCCACAGCUGACAUUGUGACGACAAUGCCAUCGUGACCCACCUACCUACAUACGGCAAGCCAACCAACCAACUAACCAAUCAACUAACCGCAAAGUCUUCACCUAAUGUACCUUGAUUUACUUCAUCUCCAGCUCAGGAGGGACCAAAGCUUUACUGUGCCUGUUCAUGUUGGAGACGUCAAGCCUAAAAACAAAAAAACCCGAAGAAGAGAUAGGUGUUGGGCUUUGCUGGACAGCCCUUCAGCCUUAUCCAAGACUUCCUGACAGAAAUCUCCACAUUCUGUGGUUUAAUCGGGACAUUAAAAUCUAUUUAUUUAUUGUUGAACCUCCUUCCUCCCUACCCUCUGCAAAGAGAACGCGCAGAGGCAGGCAAUGGACCAAAUCAGGAAGGAAAGACGCCUGCGGCGACGUGUAUGGUCGAUGCCAACAGAGUUUCUGUCCUCUAGAAAAGAGAGUCAGAAGAAGCAUGGGAGAUUGAGGACUUAGAACACAAUGACUGUCAGAAAACUCCACAAAAGGUUGAAUAAAUAAAUGUUGUGCCGCAGUGCAUAUCUUACUGGGACUCUUAGCAAAGCACCGAGGCAUAAAGUGAGAACAAAGACACUUGUAACAACAGUUAGACACCAAAAAGGGACCAUGCACUGUACGAACUGAGAGUAUUUCAAUGCUAUUAAGCUUAUUUGUAAAGGAAAAGCACUGUGAGGUAGAUGGACAAUGUUUACCCCGGCAGCCAAGAGCUGAAAGGGGAUUAUUUAACCGGAGGGAGGGUGCAUUCAUUGUCACUAGGCAGCGCGAGCGAGUGUGUGUUUGUGUGUGUUUGAGUGUGUGUUCUCCUACAGUACAACCUGUGUAUGUAGAAGCUGUGUGUAUGUUGUUUUGUCAGCAGAAGAAGCCUCCCUUGUCUUAUUUUUAGCAGCGCUGCUUCAGUGGAGCUCUGAGGGUCUGGUCGGGUUUCUGCACAAAGUCAGUCUGUCGCCAACCUCCCUCCUCUGACCGACCUCCGUCACUGCCCCCCCCCCGCCUCCAUCCCUCUCUCCUCCACGGCCAUUUAAUCCACUUUCCUCCCAUCCUAGAACCAAAUCCUCUUUUCUCAGAACCAUCUGUGUGUCUUGUUGUAAUUCAGGCAGUCAGUUACCUUAAUCCAGAAUGAUCUUACGGUGGGAAAACAGAAGAUUUAGUUCCUCGACUCACAACGACACAACACCAAUCCUGCCAUCAUGGACAUACAGUAAAUCAUUUCCAAUGCAAGAGUAAUGUUUGCAAAGGGACAACUUUAUUUGUACUCAAACUAAACCAAUGUUCCGUUUCCAGAGGAUUUUUUUAAACUCUCAACUAAACCAAAGCUGUUCUCAGGAUUGCCAAGAUUUUAAUUCAGGGGCCAUAUUCACUUCUUCUCUAAAGAACAGUAGGAUUUAGUGUUGCAACAAACAGAAUACCCUAUAUAUUAACCAUUCCUUUUAAAUGAGUCGGAGAACUACGGUUGCCUUCAGGAAAUGUAAAACCAAGUAUAGAUUUUUCGUUCUGAGCUACUGAAGAAAUAUGGCGGCCGACCCAGACCACAUGAAGAUAUAAAGGGCUCAUUUGAAGCUAACUGCAACACUUUGUUUCUUAGUUUCAGGAAAUGAACAUUGAAUUGUUGCCAAACGAUCCAGAUAAAAGGCUGAGUUAGGAGUAAACAAGUGUGCUUAAGUAAGAUUAGCUUAGCUUUUAAGCAUUACAAACUAGCGUAUAAAAGUGUUGGGUGUUCUAAGACUUCUAAGCCACUAAGACCUAAGAAAAAUCCGUUGCUCCAACUAAUAUGCCGAUAGGAGAAAUAACAAGUUAAGGAGCUUUUAAAAUGGUACAACAUAAAAAUAAAUACAAUUACAACCUAUCCCAACCAGCUAUAGCCAGCUGAUAAGAGGCGUAUUUUCCCCCACACACCCUCACAUCCCUCCUGCCUCGUCCGUCUCUCCUCUUACGCUCUGAGGGCUAAAAGCCUCCAGUUCCUGGUCCAUGGAGAGUUGAUCAAACAGGCAAUUAGCUUCAUGAUAGCUCUUAAUGGGCCGGAGAAGAAUGGAGCGUGGGAGGGGAGUGAAGUGAGGGGACAGGAUGAGUGGAGUUGUGGUGUUUGGCAGAUGGACAGCUGAUGGGGAGAGAGGGAGGCUGGCAGGAAGGAGAAAGAGGUCGGAUAAAGGGAACCAAAAGAGGAUGUUGACGUCGCCAGUAAGACAGACGGAGACCAUGCAUGCUCGAUAAAAAUGAUAUUUUUUAGGUUGAAAUUGUCGCUUCUUCUUCAGCACUUCAGGUACACAGUUGAAAUGUAAUGUAAAGUGUAAAUGCGACAUCAGUGCAUGGCUCUUCUAGGAAGGACAAGCUGAUAAAAACAACACACAGCGGCAGGUGUUUGCGUGUGUGUGCACAUACAUGUUUUCAAGCGUGUGUGUGAGUUUGGAUGUAUAUGGGCUUUUCUCUGUGUGUGUGUGUGUGUGUGUGUGUAUGUGUGUGUGUGUGUGUCAGGGUGUGUCACCUAUGCAGAGAACAACCCGAUUUGUUAAAUGUUACUUUGCUAUAUUUUUAUAUGUAAAUAUGGGCUAUUAACUGUAUAACUAUUUUUAUUCUGCUAUAUUUUGUUUCUAUGAGAUUGAUAUUAUUAUGGCUGUUUUUUCCAUUUUAUUGAAGAUUUACUUAUUUACUGUCCACUCGUGAUCAAUUCAUGAACUUUAUGGGUGACCCUGACAGCAAACAAAAACUAUAGCAUCAUUUUAUUACCACAUCCCACAUAGUAUAGCUCAGUAUAACGGCUCGAUUUGAACCUAUUUGAAACAGAAGCUCUGAUCUCUGUUCCUUAUCCUGGCCAACUAAACUGAUCAGUCACAAUAUGGCCACCUAAAUUAUAAAAAUUCUCAAAAAUGACUAUUUCUCAUUGGUCUAACAUCAUCAGAAAGUGGGUAAAACAAUAAGCAUGACUUCAUUAACAGUGGUAAGACAUGUCCCCCCCCCCCCAUGUUUCUGUUCCCACUGGAUUCACUUUGAUGGACAGGUUGGCAAACUGUGGAGGACACACUCAGUUUUACUUUGGCUUUUAUUAUUUUUAAAUGUUGCAACUUUCUCCAUUGGCGCGUUCACACCGCAGUACUUUUCCCACUUUAGUUCCGAAAUGUUGCGUUCACACCAAAAAAAUCCAGAACUAGAAAUUAUUUAAUUAACCUUUUCACCCCCUUUUCCGUCCC